AUUCACUGGGCUGACCAGACACUGCAUUCACUAUAUCUGCAUUCCCCGGACCCUGCAUUCACUAUAUCCGGUCUCCCUGGACUCUGCAUUCACUAUAUCCGGUCCCCGGACCCUGCAUUCACUAUAUCCGGUCUAUCUGCAUUCACUAUAUCCGGUCUCCCCGGACCCUGCAUUCACUAUAUCUGGUAUCCCCGGACCCUGCAUUCACUAUAUCCGGUCUCCCCGGACCCUGCAUUCACUAUAUCCGGUCUCCCUGGACUCUGCAUUCACUAU